GCGCCGCCCGCGGCAAUGGGUGGGUACAGGGGCCCCGCCCCAACUCAGGGGCCCUUCGGCGCCGGACCACCGCCCCAGAGACCUUUCGCCACCGCACCUCCGCCUCAAGGGCCGUUCGGCACGGCACCGCCGCCUCUGGGCGGACCCUUCUCCACCGUGGCUCCACCGCAGGGGCCCUUUGGCGCUGCACCCCCGUCCCAGGGACCCUUCGGAACAGCGCCUCCUUCCCAGAGACCUUUCUCCGCGCCCCCGCCGGCUCAGGUCCCGUACUCUGCCGCGCCGCCAUCUCAGGUCCCUUAUGCCACAGCACCUCCGCCUUACCGCCCACUGCCAUCGGCUCCCCCGCAGCCACAAUCGCCCACAUGGAGUACCAUGCCUCCACCAACUUACGUGAGGCCGCCGCCGCCGGUACAAUCGCAGCCGCCGCCGCCCGUGCAAGGUAACUACCCUGGUGGCCCUCCUUCCAACCCACAGUUCCCGAUGAACCGGCCAGGGUUUCAACAGCCAAUGCAGACCAUGCCGCCGCCUCCCAUGGGGCCACUGUCCGGUUAUGGUAACCAGGCAGUUAAUCCUACCACGGGCCCUCCGAUGGGCGCGCCCCAGAGCUUAGUGGAGGACUUCCAGUCUCUGUCGCUGAGGUUUCCGCCUGGAACGCUUGACCUGGGUGUUGAUGUAAAAGGGCUGCCGCGGCCAUUGGAUGGCGACGAGGAGCCCGCGAAGGUUUUGGAGGCAUACCCGAUGAACUGCCACCCGAGGUACUUCCGGCUGACAACCCACGCUAUCCCGGCGUCCCAGUCAUUGGUCUCCAGGUGGCAUUUGCCCCUUGGGGCCGUGGUACACCCUCUCGCGAAAUCGCCUGAUGGGGAGGAAGUGCCAGUUGUCGACUUUGAGUCGGCUGGCGUAAUCCGUUGCCGAAGAUGCAGGACAUAUAUUAACCCGUAUGUUACUUUUGCGGAUGCUGGAAGGAAGUGGCGCUGCAACCUUUGCUCCUUGCUCAAUGAUGUUCCUGGUGAGUACUUUUGUGCUCUUGAUGCCGGUGGCAGAAGAUAUGAUACAGAUCAAAGGCCGGAACUUUGUAAGGGAACAGUUGAGUUUGUUGCUCCUACGGAAUAUAUGGUUCGGCCACCAAUGCCGCCUUCAUAUUUAUUUCUUAUUGAUGUCUCAGUAUCUGCAGUUCAAAGUGGGCUGCUAGAGGUAGUUGCAAAGACCAUCAAAUCAUGCCUUGGUGAUCUUGUGGCCUUUCCACGGACACAAAUUGGAUUCGUAACCUUUGACAGCACACUACACUUCCACAGUUUCAAGUCUUCCUUGAGUCAACCUCAAAUGAUGGUGGUUGCUGAUUUGGACGAUGUUUUCCUACCAUUGCCUGAGGAUCUCUUGGUUAAUUUGGUGGACUCUAGACAGGUUGUCGAGUCAUUUCUCGAUAGCUUGCCCAGUAUGUUUGAUGACAAUGCAAAUGUAGAAUCUGCUCUUGGUCCUGCACUUAAGGCAGCACUCAUGGUUAUGGGUCAAUUUGGGGGAAAGUUGCUUGUCUUCCAGAGUACGUUGCCAUCGCUUGGUAUUGGCCGUUUGAGACUUCGAGGAGAUGAUGUCCGUGCAUAUGGAACAGAUAAGGAGCAUAUUCUGAGGGUACCAGAAGACGCCUUUUAUAAACAGAUGGCUGCAGAGUUCACAAAAAAUCAGAUCGCUGUGGACGUCUUUUCUUUGAGUGACAGAUAUUGUGAUGUAGCUUCCUUAGGUUCUCUGGCAAAGUAUACUGGUGGUCAGGUGUACCAUUAUCCAUCUUUCGAUGCAACUACUCAUGGGGAUAAACUUAACCACGAGCUUAGCAGAAACCUUACUCGGGAGACUGCUUGGGAAUCUGUUAUGCGUGUCAGAUGUGGAAAAGGGGUGCGUUUCACAACAUAUCAUGGUCAUUUCAUGCUAAGGACCACAGAUUUGUUAGCUCUUCCAGCUGUUGACCCUGAUAAAGCAUUCGCAAUGCAACUGUCUUUAGAGGAGAGCCUAAUGACCACACAGACUGUAUACUUCCAAGUGGCAUUGCUAUAUACAUCAUCUUCUGGUGAAAGACGUAUCAGGGUGCAUACAGCAGCUGCACCUGUGGUCACAGAUCUUGGUGAAAUGUAUCGUCAAGCAGAUACUGGUGCCAUUGUGUCAUUGUUGGCUAGAAUCGCUGUUGAAAACUCACUCUCUGAUAAGCUGGAUAGUGUCCGACAACAACUGCAGUUAAAGCUUGUCAGAAGUUUGAAAGAAUACCGGAGCCUAUAUGUUGUACAGCACCGAAUAGGAGGGAGACUGAUAUAUCCAGAAUCAUUAAGAUACUUGCCGUUAUACAUCCUGGCCUUGUGCAAAUCUCUUGCUCUGCGUGGCGGUUAUGCUGAUGUCUCUCUUGAUGAACGUUGUGCUGCUGGUUUCAGUAUGAUGAUACUGCCUGCGAAGAGGCUGCUCAAUUUUAUUUAUCCUUCUUUGUACAGGCUUGAUGAAGUAUUGACAAUGGAGCAAGAUAGGAUUGAUGGGUCCUUGAGGCGAUCGCCAUUAACCUUGCAGUGCCUAGACUCUGCUGGUUUAUAUCUUCUUGAUGAUGGAUUCACCUUCCUAGUAUGGUUAGGUAGGAUGCUCCAACCUGAGGUUGUGAACGAUGUCUUUGGAGUCAGCUUGGCAAAUAUCCCUGAUCUAUCAAAGGUCCAGUUGACAGAAUGUGACAACAAUCACUCGAGAAAUUUCAUGACAGUACUAAGAACCCUAAGGGGGAAGGAUUCUUCGUGUUACCAGCUACCCCGUGUGGUACGGCAAGGCGAGCAGCCCAGAGAAAGCUUCUUGCUUUUGUCCAACCUUGUCGAGGAUCAGAUGGCUGGAACAAGCAGCUACGUGGACUGGAUACUCCAAAUUCAUCGCCAAACACAAGGCUCCUGAGCAUGGAUGAAAGAACUGCCGCAGUUUAGGCUGCUGCCUGACCUCAAUGUUACCUUAGAUGUUGGAAAACCAAUACGAGCGAGCCAGCCACAUGCUGUGUCAUUUUAUUAAUACCUUACUCUUGUGCUUUUUUUUUGUGUGUCGAAGAACACAAUUGUUCUAUACAGCUGGUAGAUGAUAUGAACCGAUAUUUUUGGUACAUUUUGACAGUUCCAAAGAAAGAACAAUUGUAACUUGAAUUGUGACAUGAAUUCCCCAUGUAUUUUAUCCAUCAGACUUGCAUCCAAA